UCUCCAUGGCUGUGGCUCGCCGUGAGCGCUUUGAAGCGCUUUUCAACUACACUCCGCACGCGUGGGACGAGAUCGAGCUGGAGAAGGGCGACAUUGUGCAAUGCGUCGAGCGCUUCAGCGACGGCUGGAUGCUGGGUGUCAGCGAGCGCACGUCCAAGGCUGGCAAGUGCCCCGGCAAUUUCCUGCAAAAGAUCGUCAAGACCCCAGAAACGCGCGCCAUUCCAAAACCACUGGAACGCACAUCUUCGACAGAAUCGAGAGACAGUUCCAUCAAGAAACGAGCCAACAUUGCCGAGGAGAUUGUUUCGACUGAGCGAUCGUACGUGAAACACCUGCACCAAAUGCAAGAGUUGUACUAUGAACCACUCAAGAAGAAAGGCCUGCUCAAGCCAGAAGAGCUGGCUACCAUCUUCCCCAAUGUGCAGUCACUUCUGGGCAUCAAUGAGACGCUGCUCAAGGACUUGGACGAACGUGUCAAGGCCUGGGAUGCGCAAACCACCACCAUCGGCGACGUGUUCAAGCGCAUGGCGCCAUUCUUGAAACUGUACGAGACGUACUGCAAUCAACACGGCACUGCCACGCAAAUGCUUUCGCGCUGUCAAACCAAGUCUGAGAAUUUCUCUUCGUUCUUGAAGACUACCGCUGCCAGCUGCUUUCAGACCUUGGACUCGUUGUUGUUGAUGCCGAUUCAGCGUAUUCCACGUUACAAUCUCUUGCUCGAGGACCUGUUGAAGCACACUCCUGAAGAGCACCCGGACGCCGAGAAACUCACGGAGGCGGUCGUUUCGUUGCGAAAGAUCUCGUACGACUUGAACGAGAACAUUCGUCGCAUUGAGAACGAGCGCCGCAUCAUUGCCAUUGGCCAGCUCUUUGUUCCAAACGAUUCGGUCGACCUCAUUGAUGCCAGCCGACAGUUCUUCCUCAAGAAGGUUGAUCGGAAAGCGCGCGCUGCGACCAUCGAAGGCGAAGACAGCGCCAACACGGCUGCACCGCAUGUGUACACGUCGCGCACCUACCAGCGCGAGGGCACCCUUCUUGUCGAGAAGGUUCAGUCGCUCAAGACGGUCGAGCGGUACUUUUUCUUGUUCAACGAUCUGCUGCUUGUGGCUCGAGUCAAGGGUCCGACGUUCAAGCUGAAAGAGCGUGCCGUUUUGUCGCAGUGCUGGCUGGCCGACUCUGUCUUGGAUGCCACCAAGGCUUUUGAGUUGGGCACGCCAAAGAAGAGCUACCAGCUGAUUGCUUCUUCCACGGAAGAGAAGGCACGCUGGUUUGCAGACCUGUCCCGCUGCAUUUCCCAACAAAAGGAGCAGUUGUACAAGUAUGUUUCACUGUGCACUCCGCGAGAUUCUUUUGGCUCUGGCAAGAAGAUGAAGGCAUUAGUGGAUUACACUGGUUCGGACGUCGAACUCAGCUUCAAGGCAGAUGAAGUGAUCAUUUACACGCCCUUGGUGUACGAAAGCGGCACCGUAUCGGAAGAGUGGGGCCAAGGCAUUGCAAACGGCGUUUUUGGCUGGUUCCCGCUCGCUUGCGUUGUGCGCCCUGAGCCCGAACAUGACCCGUCCCUGGUGGAAGAGUACAAGUUGUCGGUGAAUGACAUUUUGUGCAUCCAAGACCGUGUCAAGGCGUGGAAGGCGAAAACUAGCUACGGCACCACGUCUGACGGUGCGCCGCGAUCAAAUGCAGUGCUUCAAGUGCAUGAGGUGGACGGAACCUUCAAGAGCUUUGUUGUUCCCAUCAACGCAACGGCAAAGGAGGCUGUGGCCAUUCUUUUGGACCGUCUCAAGCGUGCUGACAAUCCUGAUCACUACGUGCUGUGCGAGGUUGCUGGCGAGCAAACGGAACGUCGCGUUGGUGACCUCGAGCAGCCAGUCGAACUGGCUUCAAACUGGUAUGCGAGCAACCAGCGCAUGAAGUUCCUGCUGCGCACUCGAGCCACCGAUACAUAAACACUUGCCGGCUAGGUGUCGAUGUCUGCAUGGUGCUUGUGUGUGCAUGUGAGUGUGCGUGUGCGUGUGUGUGUGUAUGUGUCUCUGUGUUUGCUGUCACUGUUGUGUGUCCAAUUUCAUUACACUGUCGCAUUCGUUGAAAGAAAUUCAGUAGUAUUCAC